AUGUCAGCGGCUCUGCACUUUUUCUGGGGAAAUGAUGUGCUUUCGCGAGGAAAUGCUGCGACAGAGGGCCCCCAUUUCAAUCCCGAGUCCAACAUCACGCCACCCCCACCCCCAACGGAGGGUCGGUUCGAGAUUCACGUGACUAAGGAGAUGAUUCGUAGCCUUGAUCUCACCGUCGCACACCAGGUCCUGCGACCGUUCGUCGCACAGAUAGGCGACAACACGUCCCCUCCCCUCUCCGACCCAUCGCCUCUCCUCACUCGCCGCCUGGGAUUCACCAUCAAGUACGAAAGAGACGACCCCAUUGACCCUCGGGAACUGUCCGAGCUGCCAGAUGUCCGCCUGUGGUUCGUCCGCCUGGAUGCCGCCUACCCGUGGUUGCCAGCGGUGCUGGACUGGCGAGCGGGAGAGCUGGGGCGGUAUGCUGCAAUGCUGGUGCCGCAUCAGGUGAGAAACAUGCCACACCCCAUAUGA